AUGGGCCGGACGAGGGGGCUGUUUACUUCUGCCGCGAGGGCCGAGAUUCCGCUUGUUCUUUCGCCGCAGCUUCCCGAGGAGUUCACGGCCCAGAAGGGGCCGUGGUCGGCGACGCCAUUGAUCAGCGCAGAGUGGGCGGCUGCUGUCUCCAGGGGAGGCGCGCCAGAGUGCGUCGACGAUCUGAGUGAAGUGAAGCCCGCGCAGAGGUUCGGCCCGCGCGUCCGGGGAACGCAGCCUGCUCUUGCGCUCGGGGAUGCCAUCGUCGGCGUGACCGACGCGGAGCUGAAGCGCGCGCAGGGCACGGUCGCGCCCGCCAUCGCCUGGGCCCAGGCCCCGCGGCAUUCCAUCGCCAAGCCUGAGCGUGCCGCUUUUUCGUUCAAGGACUUGUGCAGCAUGUGGAGGGAGAAGGCAGGAUACUUCUGUCUUGGCCACUGCCCUUUGCGUCAGGAGCCCGACUCUGUAGGGCGCCGCCUGUUCGAGCGCCAGCGCGCUGAGACCAGUCAGGCUGUGGAGCAGCUGCAGAGGGCUGGCAUCGAGCACGCGGGGCGCCUCAGCCUCGACGCUCGCGCACGGCGGCGCGGUGCAGGGCUGCUACAGCGAGCGCGAAGUUCAGGGAGGCCGCUGGUCGGCCGCUGCGCAGUUCGGGGGCAGGCUCGGUCCGGCGCCCGCCCAGCGCACACGCGAGCAGGAUCAGUUCAUCGUGUCCAUUGGCGCGAGGACGCUUGUCGCGCGGGCAAGGUACAUCGCGCGGGCCCAGGGCGGCCGGGGCCAAGCCCGCCACGGAGGCGGCCGGCUGGCGGGGUCCGCGAGGCCGCUCGGGCAAGGUGGCGCUGCCCUGGAGGGCGUUGGCGCGGUGAAGAGGUCCGGCAGGCUCCUCAACGUCGACCUCGUCAGCCUCGAGGAGGUCGAGCUGCUGCUGUCGCGAACGACCGAAGGCCUCCAGAGCGUGGGCGAGAGAACGCAGGCGCUGCUCGCCGAGCGGCGGCAGCUGCGGCCCCCAGGCUCCGCGCAGUCGCAUUCAAGGUCGGCGCUCUGGUCGCGGGGUUCUGGCCACUCGCUCUCCAGCUCGGCGAGUUUGCCGACCUUCGGGCAGCAGGACGGGUGGGCAGCCGGCCACGCCCUCUCCUCGCCGAGCCGGCCCGGCUCCACCCAGGAGGACCGCGCGGGCAGCGAGGACGCCCCCUGGCACAGGAAGGCUGCGCCUGGGCUGCCGAGGUGGCACCGCGCGGGGCCGCUGGCGCCCGGGGUGCGCCGCCCCGCCUGGCCGCCGGCGCGGCGCCGGCGGUCGCAGGGUCAGCUGGAGCCCCUGCUCCUCGAGGCGCCACCCUCCGACGGCAGCCGCCCGCCGUCCGGCAGGCGCGACACCAAGUUGAGCUGCGUCUCGCGGCAGGUCUCGGACGCGGCGCUUUUCCUCCCUCGGCCCAUGCGGACGGCGGCAUCCCGGUCGUGCGUCAGCACUCCAAGGCAAGAGCGGCCGCAAGGGGCUUUGCCCAGGCCGUGGCCCGGGCCGCCUCCCGCCGGGUGGGGGCGAGAGAGGCUGCACGCGAGCUGCUGCCCCACGUGUCGGACGAGCCGGCGGACGGACCUCCGCGGAUCUGCAUCUUCUUCGGCUCCGAGGGCGUCGUGUCAUCAGCGAGGGAGAUGGCGGGCGCCCUGGCGGCCGCGAUCGCGCCGCUCGGCGAGAGGGGGCUCGUCUUGCUGGCCGGGGAGCCCAGCCUGACCGAGGCCUUCGGCCUCGCGUACGGGCAGUCCUCGCACGGCAUCCCGCUGUGGAGCGUGCUGCCCGACCACGUGCGCAGCACUCUGCCGGGCUCCGUCGACCAGGACGUGUUCGCCCAGUUGGGUGACCUCUACUUCACGCUCGGGUCCGGGCCCGACGUCGAGGAAGUAGCCGCCGCGGCGGCAGCGAGGGGCGCGAGCCUGCUGCCGCUGGCCCACGACGCAGCGGGGCUCUUCUUCACGAGCCUCGCGUCGUGGGAGCAGCUCGAGCGGAGUGGCCUCUCCGUGGCCGAGGCCGCGUCGUUGGCGGCCGCCGCCCUGGAGGCCUUCCUCCGCACGAGGGAAGCCCUCCAGCAGGUGGACGUAGACACCAUCGAGUUCGACAUCGAGGGCCGCAGUCACGCGGCGAAGAUCGUGGAGAGGAGCGCCCUGACAACGCCUGCGCCGCCUGGCUCAACGCACCUUCUGGCGCACUUCAGGCGCCCAGAUGCGGACAGCUGGGCUGAGUGGGUCACGCUGGAUACGAGAGCUCAGCUUCUGAUCAACAUCUUUCGCCACGAGGACAUACCGUACCGGGUCGUAACUGAUUUAGUCCGGGCUCCGGAGGCCUGUUUGGCGCGCAAGGUGUCCCACAGGGCCUCGGUGAGCACGGUGUGGGACGCGCAGAGGUUCAUGACGGAUUCGCAGAGUCUUAAGCAGCUGAGCGUCACGCGAGAGCUCGACUUCGACCCCGCGGUCAUGAAGGUGUUCAAGACCUUGUCUGUGCACGGCGAAAUCCUCACCGACCACCUGUCGGAGGCAUGCUCGCAGCUGGGCCACUGGAUGAUCAACCAGGAGUGGAUCGAGGACUUGGUGCGCAGCCAGUUCAACAGCGUCGCUUUCCUAGACAGGAGGGAGUUUGCCGUCUUUGCUGGCAAGUACCAGGAGCUCUUCAUGAGUUGCAUGAGCGAGAGGUUUAGCUCCGUGGACCGGCGCAACGUUGGAAGGCUCGGACAGGCCGAGGUGGCACAGUUUCUACGGAACAUGGGGAUCACGCCUGUCAAGGGAGUGGUCGAGGAGUUCAUGGCAGAGGUUUGCAACAACAAGCAGCGCACGCCACUAGACUUUGACCAGUUCGCGAUCCUGAACCGCAUUGUCUGGGAGCGAGCCGGCUUCACUCUGAGCGAAGCAGACGUGUUGGUGAGGGACAUUCUUGCUCGUUUCCCUGCUCUCGCCUGCACCGACCUUGGCGAGGAUGGACUCGAGGAGCUCCGGCUGUGCACCAAGUGGCUCGGAUUUCCCGCAUCUAUCAAGCAUUGGGAGGUGCCCCAGGAGAUCAGACUCGAGGACGGCCCUCCGUCUGCAGCGCCCCGUGGGAGGGACUUCCUCGUCCUGAUGCGGGCACUGCGGGAGCAGUGGGUCAAGGCGGUGAGGGGCGCAUUCAGCUCCCACGAUCAGGGCGAGGCAGGCGAGAGCUCCCAGGACGGCAACUUGGAGCCCUCAGAGCUUCAGAACUUCGUGGGACAGGUGGGCUUCGUGGCGCCGCCGGAGGCCCUGUACGAGGCCGUCCAGGACUGCAGGCUCGGCGGCAAGGCGGGGCUGCUCUUCGAAGACGUCUACGACAUCCUGGAUACCAUGCGGCGGCAGGAUUGCUUCACACGGAGCGACCUCGAGGACGUCCGCCAGUCCUACAGGAAGUACAGUAAUGGUGGCAGUGCGGGCCUCACGGGGAUGCCGUUGAGUUGCGCGCUGCGGCAAGCAGGCUGGGCAUUGCCGGUGACGAAGGUACAAGACAUGAUCCCCCAUUUCGAUUUCGACAAGAGCGAUGACAUAUGCGAGGUAGAGUUUGUCAAGCUCGUGCGGCGUCUCCGUGAGAACUUAAUUGAAGCGUUGGAGAAACAUUACGAUGGCAAUCAGCUGCACUGGCCGGGCCGGAUCACCGAGAAGGAAUUCCGCUCAGCGGUCGCGCGCCAUUUGCAUUGCAGACUCAACGUUCGGCAGUUGAUGCAGGUCUGGGAUGAGCACAGCAGCAAGUUUCACGGGACUGCCGACAGGUGGGAUUGGGUGAGGCUAGUGCUCGACUACUGGAGGGCAGCGAGGGACAAAAGCCGCGAGAACCACGGCUUUGACGAGGAGGAUGUUCGAGCCUUUCAAGUACAGUUCUCACGACAUGACCGCGGGACUGGCGUGAUCACGCUCGCAGAUAGGAGCCUUACCAAUUUGCUGGACGAAGCCUUCCCGGAAAUGCGAAGGAAUAACGAUGACUAUAAAAAGGUGGCUCGCUGGCUGUCGGAGGUGGAGCAGAGCAAUGACGGCGCGAUCGAUUUUCCCGAGUUCCUGCGGAUGAUGCGGCAGAUGGAAGACGACGCCGACGAGGAGUUGCUCGCGCUUGAAGAGGAUGCUCGCAUUACAACGGGCCUGUCCCGCGACGAGGUGAAAGAGUUCCGAGCCAUCUUCAGCAGCUUCGACUGCGACAAUUCCGGGCUGAUGUCCUACGGGGAGCUCAGAUACCUCCUCGGCAAAUUGGUGCAUGUCGAUGAGGGAUCUGGUGCUGGAGGCGCCUUGCGCGCCGCGCUGGCCGAGGUAGACGAGGACGGCAACAAGGAGCUAUCGUUCCCCGAGUUCUUGAGGCUGAUGAAAAAGUUGCAGAGCGACAACUGGAAUGGCAUCAACGCCGCCGCCAAGGAGGUCAGCGAAAGAUCCGUGCAGCGCCUCGAGGAGACGACGCCCACGGCAAGGCGGAAGAACUCAAAGAUGGACUGGCACGCGAUCAUUGGUGACUAG